CCAAAUUUUGUCGAAAAUAAAGUAGUUUUAAUUUUUGGACCAAUUUUGGCCUAAAAUGACAUUUAAGGUGGCAAAAAACAAAAUUUUGAUGUCACUCAUUUUCAGCAUACUUUUUUUGGUAACUGUGCCAAAUUUUGUCGAAAGUAAAGUAGUUUAAUUUUUGGACUAAUUUUGGUCGAAAACAAAUACCAAUUUUGGCCUGAAAGGUCAUUUAGAUGACUUCCCAGUACUUAGGGAGCUUGGGUACGAAGUUUAAAUCUGUGACGUUGCAAUUGACCAGAUGGGACAGGGUUACUUAGUCAGUUAUACGAGUUAUAUGUGAAAUCCCAGGGUCAAUUUUUUCUCAAAAAAUGCUCCGAAAGAAGAAAACAACGGUUUUAAAGAAUUUCCUACGCCUUCGGGCGUGGAAAUUCAAAUAAAAACACAUAGAACUAAAAAAUAAGAAAAAACGAUAUGCACAGAAAGCAUACAACAUAACACUAACGAUACAACACUGAAAUAAAAAAACUUAUAUGCGAUUUUAACAUGAACAACAAUGAGACGAUAGUCCAAAGGAAAACAAGACUAUUAGAUUUAAUUAAUCAUCUUGCGAGGCACCACAAAGAAGAGCACAAUGCUUCAUCCAUGUGUUGCCUACACAUGGCAUAAACAUUAUGGCUCCCCUUGAGAUGUCUUUGUGUAUCUCGAAACAUGAAAUACUACAUACAAUCAAUAUAAAUUAGAAUUAAGGAAAGUGGAGAAUCCUUUUUCAACAAGUAAAACUAAUUUUGAAAUAGUAACGUUGCCCGUUACAAUUUCUCACCAUUACAGUUUGUACAAUUCCUUUUUUGUCAGGGAAAAUUUUGUCUACUAUGUACAACUUCCAAUCGUUUCGUACUAACAAUUCUAAACAAUCGAAAUCUGUGUUUUUAAAAAAUUGUCUACCUAAUCCAAUAGCUAUGGUAUAUUUUUUAGGUUUAACAAAUAAUGAGUAUGCCAAUUAUUGAAGUGCUUGGUUUUGUGACAUGCAUUGUCAUUGGGCUAAAGUUUGUCUUUUUUAUGUGGCAAAUGUUUAGAUGUUAUUUCCUAACAAAGAUUGGGUUUACAUGUGAUCUGCAACAGUUUGGUGAAUGGGCUGUUGUGACAGGAGCAACUGAUGGCAUUGGAAAGGAAUAUGCAAGACAGCUGGCAAAGAAACGUUUCAAUAUUGUGUUGAUAAGCAGAACAGAAACUAAGCUAAAAAAUGUGGCUUUGGAAAUAGAAAAUGAUUUUCAAGUUAAAACCAAAAUUCUACAAUUUGAUUUUACCAAAACCAGCGGUUACGAAAGAAUUGAAAAUGUAGUUAAUGAUUUGGAUAUUGGAAUUUUAGUUAAUAAUGUUGCUAUGGCAGGCCGAAGUCUGACUGCUUUUCAUGAAUGUGACAUGGAAAGUGCUGUUGCUAUUUUACAAUGCAACAUAUUUUCUGAUGUUCGCAUGACAAACAUUGUUUUAAAAGGAAUGACAAGGCGUGGACGUGGGGCCAUAAUUCACUUGGCAUCUUCAUUGAUGUAUCUUGAUGCACCAUAUGUAAAUAUUUAUGGCCCUUCAAAAAACUUUAUGAGAAAAUUUGUGAAAUCUUUGCAAUUGGAGUAUUCCGGGCAAAUUUUCCAUCAAUUGGUAGCCCCAGCGUUUGUUGCAACAAACAUGUCCAUGAGGAAAAUCAGUUUCUGGAUUCCUUCUGCCGAAGAUUUUGUUCAUUCAGCUAUUCGCACGAUUGGUAUUACGGAAGUCACAUGUGGCUAUUUUUUGCACGAGUUACAAGCUUUAUUACUUUGUUAUCUUCCACAAUUUAUUAUAACAUAUGCAAUUCGUAAGCGUUCUAAAAAAACACAGAAGAAACAAUAAAUCAUGUUGAUGAAUUACAGGAACAAAGGAGAGUUCUGACUAAACAAACAUUAGAUAAAGAUUAAAUACUUCUCAAUUAAAAAAUGCACAUUUUAAUUUUUUUUAUAGAUAAACCAUACCUUUGCAGGAUGUUUAUAAUUUUCCAAAGCUUCCUGUUCUUGUUUAUGUGAUAUAAAGUUGCACACCUGAGGGAUUUGUAUUGAUUUACUUUAUAACUACGUUAAAGCUUAUUUCAAAUGAUGAUUUAAAAUUGUUCUAGAAAGGUAAUUCACUUUAUAAUUUUGCAUGUGCAAAAGCAUUUUACAUGAUGUUAACAUACAGUAGUAGUGCUAAUAUUAAUACUAUAACAUUAAUAAGGCUAAUAUAAUUUUAUCAAAUCCCCUGGACAGUCACAAAUGUUUGAGGUGUUUGUUAAAUAUCUAGCAUUUUGUUAAGUUUCGUUAUUUAUACUGGUAUGCAAAACUGCUUUUGUCUUAAUAUAAUUAAAAUUUAAAUUACAUAUUUUUUAAUAUGCCUAAAUUUAAAAAAUAAGAGGCUGACAACAUGUUUUUUUUAAAAAAUUUUGCAACAUUGACAUAUUUCAUAAUUUUUUAAAUCCUAGCUCUAGUGGAAUUUUUUUAAAAGUAAAAGUGAAAAGUUUGAUUCGUAGCACUUAGUCUUGUGGCUUGUGCCUUCCAGCAUUAUUACUGGUUUGAAUUAAUAUUUCUUGCAUCUGUUCGCGUAAACUGCAUAAUAGACAUGGCUUCCUAAGAAGACAGGCACAUGUAGAAUUUUUUAAUAUAAAAAUAAGGAUUUUUACAUUUUCAUACUUUGAAAAAGAUUAGUUGUCUGCUAUCAGUGGUUUUUAAUUUUGUUUUAAAACACCCAGCAAUGCUGACUUAGGUUUAGCAGUGUUUUUGUUUUGUUAUCAUCAUAAUUUUCAAUUUCCUUUAAUAAGAAGUAAGCUAAGACCUCUUUUCCUAAAUGCUAUGUUUGUGAAUAAAUUUUGCUGCAAGAUUCAUAUUGGAAAAACGACACUACUGAUAUAUUCCACAAAAACUUACAUAAAAAAUAUUACAUAAAUAGUUUUAGAAAGUUCAAGCUUCAUUUUUAAUCAUAGAUUGUUAAGAAAUAUCUUACAUUUAACAUAAAGCUAUAACACAUAGAAUACUAUAAAUAAUAAUAAUACAAACACUAAAAGUACCAGUUAAUAAAACAACCUGCCCCCCUCUAUCUUAAUCUGGAGACUCUAGAAGGUAUUUCACUUUAAUGUUAACACAGAGGAAGAGGGAGAAAGGUGAAACUAUUAAAAGACAGUUGUUGAGAACAGUAUACACAGAAAUGUUUAGUUUUGACUGACAUUUGCUUAACAGAACUUUGUCUUUUUAUACAAAAGUCUUGCUUAUGAUACAUAUUAUAAAGUUUUUUUUUAAAAUAAGUUUAUAUAUUUUUUUCAGAAAAACCGAAAAAAUAUUCCUUUUUAUUAGCUUUGACAUUAUUGAUUUCUUAAAUUCAAAUUAGUUAGGAAUUUUUUUUUUAAAAAAAUAUUUUUUUAUAUUUUCUAUUAUAGUUCAGUACAGUACAAAUAAUGUUUUACAAAUGUAUUAAGUUUUGAAUUACAAAACACAGGACUUGCAACUAAUUGUACUUCUGAUAUUUUAAAGGUAUUGUUUUUCUUUAAUGCGGUCUUCAUAUUUCUUUACUGUCUGAUCUCUUGUUGGUACCUGAGCCUUUUAAACUUUUGGAUAACAGCUAUUUUAAAACUUAUCUUAAUAGAAAAU